AAGGUUAAAUUAUAUGAAAAAUAAAUAAUAUAAAAAAGACAUUAACAAUUUAUUAAAUUUCAAACAUUUUCCAAUAUUUCAGAGUAUAACCUAGAGAAAUCUGCAGUUAAAGAAACUAAAGUAUUACAUGUUGAUGGUAUGUAAAUGGUUGACGUUGAAACAGCUCGCAGGAAGCUACUGGAGGCUUUGGGUACAUGUGCUGAAAAAUAUUGGUGUAACAUGAAAUUAUGGUACAAACAAAAGAUAACAAAAGACGAGUUUGAUACACAAGCUUUUGAACUGCUUGGUCCGGGGAAAAUCAAUUAUCAUAACCAGUUUAUUCUUUCGAUACUUUCAAAAUGUCAGAGACAAGCUGCCAGUGCUUCUGCUUUGCAAAGCAAACCUUCGCAAAGGAACACUUCAAAACAUCUACAUCAUAAACCUCGAGUUAAAAAAGCAGACCCUGGUUUGCUUACCACUGGCUUUCGGCACAGCGAUCCUACGGAGCAUAUUUCACCGAUUUCCUCAAAGGGUGCACAUCAGGACUUUGUGUUAUGCUCUCAGGAGUUAGUAUUACCAGAUAUUGCAACGCUACAAGGGCGUUUGUUUCUCGGUGCAUGGGAUGUAGGCUUAGAAACAAUUGCUGACGAUUCUGCUCCACUAUUAGCAUCGGCAUUAGAGGCUCAGUUAAAAAAUAUAUUGUCACUAUGCGUUAUCCGUAGAAAAGGUUCGGCCAUAAGAUCAGGAAGUCAUUUUCGAUAUUGCUUUGGAGUAAAUAGCCCUGAAUCUGAAAUGAGUAACGAGGAAAAACGAUACGAAAGUAAAGCUAAAAAAAUUCGCACGUGUGAUAUGGCAGAGGCCGGAGCUUAUUCAAAAAUUGCUGCAAGUGACCCUGCAACUUCAGUCGUUGCUCCAAUCUCGUUAUUUGAUCUAAGAGAUACGAUUCAGGCAUACAGGAGUUCUAUUCCUUCGCAUACUGUUCGCGCUGGUUGCAUGGAACGCAUCUUUAACGAACUAUGGUACCCAGGAUGCGAUGAAGUUGUUCAAAAUCGGACAUAUAUUAUUGAAACACAAAAAUUACACGAGAAAUUAAAACAGCAACAUAGUUUAAGAGUUUAACAGCAAA